CCAGCCUGCCAGGCGCUGGCUUGGGCAUCCCAAGGCUGCCCUUCCAGCAUGCUCCUCCGUCGAGGAUGGCCAGGGGUGGCCCCGGGAGCCCCGAUGCCCAGCAAGGCAGACCCGGCUCUUUGGCCCUUUGGGAGUUGCUAGGAACCUGGGAUCUUAAGACCAUGCCCUGACCCUGGAGCUGGCCCUGGGCUCACGAGGGGCAGACUAGGCACCCAUCGGGAAGAAGGGCUGCCAGGCGGACACAUUAUUUUUUUACUAUUAGGAGUAAAGGCCAGUACAAAGAAGAAUCAGGAUGAAAAGAUGGCCAACUUCCUGUUACCACUGGGUUCCAACAGCUUCCACCGAUUCACACCCGAAUCCUUGGCUGCGAUCGAGAAGCGAAUCGCGGAGAAGAUUGCCAGGAAUGCCAAGCAAGAGUAUAGGGAACAGUUGGGUGAAGAAGAAAAACUGCGGCCCCAGUUUGACUUACAGGCCUGCAAGAAGUUACCUGAUCUCUACGGGUCUCCUCCAUCGGAGCUCAUUGGGGAACCUUUGGAGGACAUUGAUCCUUUCUACAGUGAUCACAAGACAUUUAUAGUACUGAACAAAGGGAAGACAAUCUUUCGAUUUAGUGCCACUCCUGCCUUGUAUAUACUUAGUCCUUUUCAUCGAAUCAGAAGAGCAGCAAUUAAAAUUUUGGUACAUUCAUUAUUCAGUAUGUUUAUUAUGUGCACUAUUUUAACCAACUGUGUGUUCAUGGCAUGGUCAGAACUUCCUCCUUGGAAUAAGUACAUCGAAUACACUUUCACUGGCAUUUACACAUUUGAAUCAAUGAUAAAAAUCUUGGCGAGAGGGUUUUGUAUGACAGAGUUCACCUUCCUUCGGGAUCCAUGGAACUGGCUGGAUUUUUGUGUUAUUGUCAUGGCAUACAUAACUGAAUUUGUGGACCUGGGCAAUGUAUCAGCCUUACGAACGUUCAGAGUUCUCCGGGCGCUGAAAACAAUCUCAGUCGUUUCAGGUCUGAAGACCAUCGUAGGUGCCCUUAUCCAGUCAGUUAAGAAACUCGCAGACGUGAUGAUCCUGACUGUUUUUUGCUUGAGUGUUUUUGCCCUCAUAGGGCUCCAACUCUUCAUGGGUAAUCUAAGGCACAAGUGUGUCCGAAAUUAUGAGGAAUUUAAUUCAACUAAUGGCACCUUCGCUUCAGACCAGAAGACAUGGCCAACUUUGGAUGCCUUCCUAGACGAUCCAGUGAACCACUACAUUAAAGAGGGCACUACAGAUCCGCUAUUGUGUGGGAACAGCUCAGAUGCUGGUUCCUGUCCAAAAGGGUAUCGGUGUCUCAGAGCAGGCGAAAAUCCUGACCAUGGCUACACAAGCUUUGAUACUUUUGGCUGGGCCUUUCUCUCCUUGUUUCGCCUCAUGACACAGGAUUACUGGGAGCGCCUUUACCAACAGACCCUUAGAUCUGCUGGCAAGAUCUACAUGUUGUUUUUCAUGCUGGUCAUCUUUUUGGGCUCCUUUUAUCUGGUCAACUUGAUCUUGGCUGUGGUGGCCAUGGCAUAUGAAGAGCAGAACCAAGCCACCAUUGCUGAAAUGGAGGCAAAGGAGAGGAAGUUUCGUGAAGCCAUGGAGGCACUGAAGAAAGAGCAAGAGGCAUUAGCUCGAGGAAUCGAUUCAAUGUCACUCAGCUCAUUUGAAAUGUCACCUUUGGCAUCAAAAAACUCCAAAGAACGGAGGAGCAGAAGAAGGAAGAAAAAGUCCUCAGGGGCAGAAGAUGACGGGGAAGACCAAAAGGGUCCAAAAUCUGAAUCAGAGGAUGGCCAACGAAGGAUGACUGUCCUGGGUUUUACUUCUGGCUCAAUGGAGAAUUCAAUGAAGCGCAAGGCCAGCCAUGGAAGUGUCUUCAGCUUCCGGUUGCGUAGCAGGGACAUUGGCUCAGAAGCAGAUUUUGCUGAUGAUGACAUUAGCACUGUUGGGGAGAGUGAGAGCCAACAUGGGUCCUUGCUGGUUCCAAGGAGUGGAAGGCGGCUGAGUGUGCAAAGCCAAGCAAGCCAUAGCUCUCCAAACUACACACUCAAUGGCAAGAGAAACAGCUCGGUGGAUUGCAAUGGUGUGGUUUCAUUGAUUGGAGGUGGAGGGAGCCCAGACCCAACGACUCCAACCGAUGUGUUGUUACCACCAGUUGUUACAGACAAACCUGGAACUGAUGACACGACAUCUCCAUCUGAAGACCUCAUCAAGAAACAGUUUUUGUCACCCCAGCGCCUUUCAGUAGAUCAGCCUGAGGAACAUUUUCAAAGGCAGCGAGCUGUGAGUGCUGUCAGUAUCAUCACCAGUGCCAUGGAAGAGCUUGAGGAAUCCCAACAGAAGUGUCCUCCCUGCUGGAAUCAUUUUGCUGUGAGGUUCCUCAUUUGGGACUGCUGCCCGAUGUGGCUAUUGAUCAAGGAAAAAGUCAAGUAUAUCAUCAUGGAUCCAUUCAGCGACCUGACAAUCACCCUUUGCAUCGUGAUGAACACUCUCUUCAUGGCCAUGGACCAUUACAAGAUGACAAAAGAAUUUGAGGAUGUGCUGAAUAUUGGUAAUCUGCUAAGGGUCUUCAAGCUUGCCAAGUCUUGGCCCACAUUAAAUACUCUCAUCAAGAUCAUUGGGAACUCUGUGGGUGCUCUGGGAAACCUCACUGUCGUUCUAGCCAUCAUUGUCUUCAUUUUUGCUGUGGUUGGAAUGCAGCUGUUUGGAGAAGUGUAUUAUAGGAACGUCAACAAGAUCAGCACCACAGGUCAGCUGCCACGCUGGCAUAUGAAGGACUUCUUCCAUUCCUUCCUCAUCAUCUUCCGCAUUCUCUGUGGAGAAUGGAUUGAAACUAUGUGGGACUGUAUGAGAGUGGAUGGACAACCUUUGUGUCUCCUGGUCUUCCUGCUGGUCAUGGUGAUCGGGAAUUUGGUGGUGCUGAACCUGUUUCUUGCCUUACUAUUGAGCUCAUUUAGUGCUGAUAACCUUUCUGCACCAGACGAGGAUGGGGAGAUGAACAACCUGCAGCUUGCCUUUGCCCGCAUCAACAGGGGGCUGAACUAUGCCAAGCGUGCAAUGUGGGAUUUCUGUUGCAACGUCCUUAGGCAGCCCAAAGCAACUGCUGAGAAGAAAGCCAUGAUGAAGCUCGCAGCCCAGAACCCAGGCGUUGUCCACAAUUGCAUCAAUAACCACACUGCUAUGGAGUUUGGCAAAGAAGAGGAUACCCACCAGGAGAACCACAUUGGGGAUGAUGGGGUUGAAAGGAACAGGGUGAAGAAGCAGCAGGUGACCAACGACCAGGAUGAUGACUUUAUGACCAACCCCAAUCUUUCCAUCUGUGUCCCCAUUGCUGUGGGCGAGUCUGAUAUUGAAGAUGAUGAGCAGAGCACCUUUACAGAAACUGACCAGGACAAACAGCAGCCACUGAAGGGGCAGCGCUACAAAAGCCCAGCCGUUCGGAGCCAGGCCUCUGAGAUUUGCGAAGAGUUAAGUGAGUUGAACACAGACAAACAGUCGAAAUCUGACCCUCCACUCCCAUCCAUAGGGCAGCAAGAGAAAUUUGACGAAAUCAGUUUGUCGGAAGGAAGCACAGUGGAUUUGGCAAUCCCCUCGGAUCUUCUGGAACAGAUGCCUGAACUGACAGAAGAGAUGAUGGAACCUGAAGACUGUUUCCCAGAACCUUGUGUCCAUAUUUUUCCUUGUUGCUCUGUUGAUACCACAAAACUUCCUGGCAAGAUUUGGUGGAGGCUGAGGAAAACCUGCUACCAAAUUGUUGAGCACAACUGGUUUGAAACGUUCAUCAUAUUUAUGAUUCUCCUCAGCAGCGGAGCACUGGCAUUUGAAGACAUUUAUCUUGAAGAGCGAAAGAACAUUAAAACCAUGUUGGAAUAUGCUGACAAGAUCUUCACUUACAUCUUUGUCCUGGAGAUGCUCCUGAAAUGGGUGGCUUAUGGCUUUAAGAAGUACUUCACGAAUGCCUGGUGUUGGCUUGAUUUCCUCAUUGUAGCUGUCUCUUUAGUAAGCCUCAUAGCUAGUACACUUGGAUACUCCGAAAUGGGUCCCAUUAAAUCCCUUAGGACCCUCAGAGCUCUGAGACCUUUAAGGGCACUGUCACGAUUUGAAGGGAUGAGGGUGGUGGUCAAUGCCUUGGUAGGCGCCAUACCUUCUAUCAUGAACGUUCUGCUUGUCUGCCUCAUUUUUUGGCUCAUCUUCAGCAUCAUGGGAGUCAACUUGUUUGCUGGAAAGUUUGGGAAGUGCAUUAACAAGACAGAAGGUGAUGAACCUUUGAACCACACAAUUGUCAACAACAUGAGUGAUUGCCAAAACUUGAACGAAACGGGAGAGUUGUACUGGACAAAAGUCAGAGUCAACUUUGAUAACGUUGGUGCGGGCUACCUGGCUUUGCUGCAAGUGGCAACUUUUAAAGGCUGGAUGGAAAUUAUGUAUGCAGCAGUGGAUUCACGAGAGCGUGAGGAGCAACCUGUAUGGGAGUACAAUUUGUACAUGUACCUCUACUUUGUGAUCUUCAUCAUCUUUGGCUCUUUCUUCACUCUGAAUCUUUUCAUUGGGGUGAUCAUUGAUAAUUUCAAUCAGCAAAAGAAAAAGUUAGGUGGACAAGACAUCUUUAUGACAGAGGAGCAGAAAAAAUACUACAAUGCCAUGAAAAAACUGGGAUCUAAGAAACCUCAAAAACCCAUCCCACGGCCACUGAACAAGUGUCAAGGCUUCCUGUUUGAUGUUGUCCUGAAUCAAGCUUUCGACGUGUGCAUCAUGCUCCUCAUCUGCCUAAACAUGGUCACCAUGAUGGUGGAAACUGAUGACCAGAGCCCAGAAAAAGUUAACAUUCUUUAUAAAAUCAACAUGGUCUUUGUUGCCAUCUUCACUGCAGAGUGUACAUUCAAACUGGUGGCAUUGAGGCACUACUAUUUCACCAAUGGCUGGAACAUAUUUGAUUUUGUAGUCGUGAUUUUAUCUAUUGUAGGCUCUGUGCUGUCCGACAUCAUCCAGAAAUAUUUCUUCUCCCCUACCUUGUUCAGAGUCAUCCGCCUGGCUCGGAUUGGCCGGAUCCUGAGACUUAUAAGAGGGGCCAAAGGAAUCCGAACUCUUCUCUUUGCCUUAAUGAUGUCCCUUCCUGCACUGUUCAAUAUCGGGCUCCUCCUUUUCCUGGUUAUGUUCAUUUAUGCUAUUUUCGGCAUGGCCAACUUUGCCUACGUUAAGCAUGAAUAUGGGAUUGACGACAUGUUCAACUUCCAGACAUUUGCCAACAGCAUGCUCUGCCUCUUCCAAAUCACCACGUCGGCUGGCUGGGACGGUCUCCUCAAUCCCAUUUUGAACACCGGGCCGCCAUAUUGUGACCCGGGCCAUCUGAACACUAAUGGCUCCAAGGGAAACUGUGGCAGCCCUGCGGUGGGGAUUCUGUUCUUUGUUACCUAUAUCAUUAUAUCCUUUCUCAUUGUUGUAAACAUGUACAUAGCCAUUAUUUUAGAGAACUUCAGUGUUGCCACUGAAGAGAGUACAGAGCCUCUGAGCGAGGAUGACUUUGAUAUGUUUUACGAAAUCUGGGAGAAGUUUGACCCCGAAGCCACUCAGUUUAUUGAGUACUCUGCACUUUCCAAUUUCGCCGACGCUCUGUCGGAACCGUUACGCAUUGCAAAACCAAACAAGAUUAAGCUCAUUGCUAUGGACCUCCCCAUGGUGAGUGGAGAUAGGAUCCAUUGCUUAGAUAUUCUGUUUGCUUUUACCAAAAGAGUGCUGGGGGAAUCCGGAGAGAUGGAUGCCCUGAAAAUACAGAUGGAGGAGAAAUUCAUGGCUGCUAACCCCUCAAAGAUUUCUUAUGAACCAAUCACAACCACACUCAGGCGAAAACAGGAAGAGGUGUCUGCCAUUGUGAUCCAAAGGGCCUACAGGAGCCACCUUUUCCAGCGUUCCCUUAAGCAGGCUUCCUUCUUGUACCGUCAACAAGCUUGUCCCCUUGGGGACGAUGCACCAGAAAAGGAAGGCCUCAUUGCCUCCAUGAUGAGCGAAAACUAUGGGAGGCCCAUAAAUAAAUCAGAAACUCUCUCCUCCACCUCUUUCCCACCUUCCUAUGACAGUGUCACCAGAGGCACCAGUGACAACUUCCAGCUGAGGUUGACGGACUCGAGCAAAAGUGACGAGCAUCUAGAUGAUCAGUUAUCACCCGACAGAGACAAAGAGUCGAUCGUUUAGAUUAUUUUUUUGGUUGGUUUUGUUUCAGACACUUUAAAAAUAUUGUUUACAGAAUGUAAUGCUGUAACUACACAACAGUUGAAACAGCCUUUUUUAAAAAACAAAACAUUAGUUGCAAAGGAAAUAAGAAGGGAGGUUAGCCCUUUACAGAGGGGUGUGUCACUGUGUUAUAUCCGUAUGUAUAACCUUUGACCCUGCUCUUUUCAAACUUUGCUUAAUGUUUAUAUUUAUAUAUGCACAGAGGCAGCGGGAAGGGGGGGAUAGAGGAUCCGGCACAAGGUCACAGCAGUUAUAGCAGCGAUGUGAUGGCGGAAACCCUAGACUGUAACACAGUAAAUACUUUAUAUCUAUCCACAGAUUAAAAAACUGACCGUAUCCUUUCAUUUUUAAGGUCUUACUUAUAUUAGUGCGUUUACUUAAUGGCAAUGUAUGACCUUGCAUUCUAUAACAUGAAAAGGACAAAGAAGACGAUGAAGAAGAUGAUGAUGAUGAUGAGAGAGGGAGGGAGGGAGAGAAAGAGGGAAGGAUCACAUAGCUGCUGUAGCAACAAUGUAACACUUAAUGUAUAUGUUGUGAAUGGUCUUUCAUAAAUUUAUUAUAUUUGAUAUUUUUUUACUUAAAACAAAGCUAUAAUUGUCUCCUUUUCCACGGAGAUGGGGGAUGCUGCACGAUGAACCAGGAAUGGGAGGCGGUUUCCCAAAGAGCAAGAGCAAAGGACCGCUUGUUGACGGCAAAACGUUAGGUUGGCAACAUGCUGACUGUGUAUUACAGCAGAGCAAUUCUCACUCAGAACAUGGAACUGCUUGCCAGCAGUUUAACCCAGGGAAAACUAAAGGAAGGAAGUGAUGUCAGCUAAAGCUUGACAUGGGUUGCAUUUUAUUUUGAUUUUGAUUUUUGUUCUCUACCCGCAGGAUAUUAGACACGAAUGGAUUCUGCUUGUAAA